AUACAAAAGCAAUACUACAUGCCUUCAGUGGUUUUGUUGUGUUUCGUUAUGCCGACUGUCGUUCCCACGUAUUUCUGGUCGGAAAGCCUGUGGAAUGCAUUCUUCGUGUGCGUUAUGUUCCGGUAUAUAUCGGCCCUAAACGCCACGUGGUUAGUCAACUCGGCCGCACACAUGUGGGGCUAUAAGCCGUACGACGUGAACAUCGCUCCCGUCGAGAAUAUGUCGGUCGCCGCUCUCACACUUGGCGAGGGAUAUCAUAAUUUUCACCACACUUUCCCCUGGGAUUACUCGACCAGCGAAUGGGGUUGGAAUAUAAAUUUGACCACGUUCAUUUUGGACCAAUUGGCAAAGAUUGGUUGGGUUUACGACAGACGUUACGCCACCAGAGAUCUGAUUGAGAAGCGAAAGGCCAGAACCGGACCCAAAGCCGAAAAAUAUAUCCCUCAAGAACUCGGCUAUUAA